UCGAGGUUUCUUACCCGACGACUUGUGUAUGGGAAUCACUUUGCGCACCUCACUUUUUGAGAGAAACCUACUUUUUUUGAAGAGACACGGUGAAUGCGGUGAAAGCGGUGGAGACCUCCGGAUCGCGAAAUGUUGGGAUGGAAGGCGCAGACUUUGACUCGCCGUCUCCAACAGGAGUAUGAAGCCCUACUUCACGGGUGUGAGAUCUCCGAGAGUGAAACUUUGUUGCCUUGGGAUAUCGCUACACGCUUUCGGGGAAAUACUAUAAAGUGGGAAACGGUCUCGCAGUCCCCGCAACAUGGCCUCGGCUGCUAAUGCGCCCUCCGAGCAGGAAAACAGAGACCCCGAUCGGCCGAGGAUAACGCGGAGGAACAGGGGGGACUAUACCCGUAACACACCGCUGGAUUUGGAGUAUUUGCAGCGGCCGAGUUACUGCGAUGCGGGCUUUGCUUUGGAGCAGAUUACCGAGGGGAAGGCGACGGGGAGGAAAGCACCUCUAUGGCUGAGAGCGAAGUUCCAGAGACUUUUAUUUAGGCUGGGCUGUUAUAUACAAAAGAACUGCGGAAAGUUUUUGGUUGUGGGCCUCAUGAUUUUCGGAGCUUUUGCUGUGGGCUUAAGGGCAGCUAAUUUGGAGACGGACGUGGAGAAACUCUGGGUGGAAGUUGGUGGGCGUGUCAACCAGGAACUGAAGUACACACGGCAGAAUAUAGGUGAGGAGGCCAUGUUUAACCCUCAACUGAUGAUCCAGACGCCGCGGGAGGACGGAGCCAACGUUUUAACGGUGGAUGCGCUGCUGCAGCACCUGGAGUCAGCUAUCCGAGCUAGCAGAGUUCAUGUUUACCUUUAUAACAGACCAUGGAAAUUAGAAAAUCUAUGCUAUAAAUCAGGAGAACUAGUCACAGAAACUCCUUUUAUGGAUCAGAUCAUAGAAAAGCUACAUCCCUGCCUUAUCAUCACCCCUUUGGACUGUUUCUGGGAGGGAGCCAAGCUCCAGUCUGGAAUGGUCUAUCUCCCAGGUGAAGACCCUCUACAGUGGACCAACUUUGACCCUAAGGACUUCCUUGAACGGUUGCGAAUUGCAAACUUUCCUGUGGAAGGCUUUGAGGACAUGUUGGAAAAGGCGGACGUAGGACAUGGCUACAUGGAUAGACCCUGUCUGAACCCCGCUGACCCCGACUGCCCCCUCACUGCGCCCAAUAAGAACUCAACUAAGCCAUUUGACGUGGCGCGGGCCCUCAGUGGUGGCUGCCAUGGUCUUUCCAGGAAGUACAUGCACUGGCAGGAGGAACUGAUCGUAGGAGGGACCACCAAGAAUGGCAGUGGACCCCUGCUCAGUGCCCAGGCCUUACAGACCAUGUUCCAGCUGAUGACUCCCAAGCAGAUGUUUGAGCACUUUCGGGGCUACGAGGAGGUUUCCCACAUCAACUGGAAUGAAGAAAAGGCUGCAGCUAUACUGGAAGCCUGGCAGAGGAAAUACUCUGAGGCGGUGCUGCAGAGUGUGGCAGCAAAUUCGUCUCAGAAGGUCUUGUCUUUCACCACCACCACUCUGGAAGAUAUUCUCAAGUCUUUCUCUGACAUCAGUGUCAUCCGUGUGGCCAGUGGAUACCUGCUGAUGCUGGCCUAUGCGUGUCUGACCAUGCUACGGUGGGACUGUGCCAAGUCUCAGGGAGCUGUUGGGCUGGCGGGCGUCCUGCUGGUGACACUGUCUGUGGCAGCUGGACUGGGUCUCUGCUCUCUCCUGGGCAUCUCGUUCAAUGCAGCAACCACACAGGUGCUACCCUUCUUGGCUCUGGGGGUUGGAGUGGAUGAUGUCUUCCUCCUCGCUCAUGCCUUCAGUGAGACCGGACAGAACAAGAGGAUCCCAUUCGAGGACCGUACAGGGGAGUGUCUGAAGAGGACAGGGGCCAGCGUGGCUCUCACCUCCAUCAGUAACGUCACAGCAUUCUUCAUGGCGGCCCUCAUCCCCAUACCAGCGCUCAGAGCCUUUUCUCUGCAGGCUGCAGUGGUGGUGGUGUUUAACUUUGCCAUGGUGCUACUCAUCUUCCCCGCCAUCCUCAGCAUGGACCUUUACCGACGAGAAGACAGACGUUUCGACAUUUUCUGCUGCUUCUACAGUCCAUGUGCCAAUCGUGUGAUCCAGAUCGAGCCUCAUGCGUACCUGGAUGGAGCAGAUGGGAGUCGCUACAGCCCUCCCCCAUCCUACCAUACCCCUCCUCCCUCAUAUCGCACACCUCCCCCGAGCUACAGCAGCCCCCCUCCCUCCUACAGCAGCCACGGCUUUGCCCAGCAGACCCAAAUCACCAUGCAGUCCACGGUGCAGCUCAGGACAGAGUACGACCCCCGGACUCAGGCCUUCUACACCACUGCCGAGCCCAGAUCCCAGAUCUCGGUGCAGCCCAUGAACCCUGCUCCGACUAGGAGCAACCCCAACAAUGAGUAUUACAGCAGCAACGCCAACGCCAGCGGCAGCAGGAGCAGCAGCAGCAGUCACGGUAAUCUCAACAACAACAACAGUGGUAGCCGAAAUAAUGGGGGAUCUCGAGGUUCUGCCGUCUUCUCCCAUCAUCAUCCUGCACCUCCUCCUGCUGCCCCGACUUCAAGUGCUAACUCAGUUCCUCAGGGUGAUGCAGCCUCAUCGGCUGCCCAGGGCCCAGAGAACAACAGCUCCACACGGGACCUGUUGUCCCAGUAUGGAGACGGCUCACUGGGCCUGCGCUGCCUUGACCCCCCCUGCUCCCGCUGGACCCUGUCCUCUUUUGCUGAGAGGCACUACGCUCCGUUCCUUCUGCAGCCCACCACAAAGGUGGUUGUGAUUGUGCUGUUCCUCCUACUGCUGGGAGUCAGUCUAUACGGGACCACCCAGGUGAGGGAUGGCCUAGAGUUGACGGACAUCGUGCCAAGAGAGACCAGCGAGUAUGACUUCAUCGGUGCUCAGUUCAAGUUCUUCUCCUUCUACAACAUGUACGUGGUGACGCAGCGGGCUGAUUACGCCCAAAAACAAUCUCUGCUGCACCAGCUCCACCUGAGGUUCCACACUGUUCGAUAUGUGCUGAAAGAGGACAACGGACAGCUGCCUCGCAUGUGGCUUCACUACUUCAGGGACUGGCUGCAAGGUCUCCAGCAGGCUUUUGACAAGGACUGGGAGGCUGGUCGCAUCACCCUCAACAACUACAGGAAUGGUUCUGAUGAUGGUGUCCUGGCAUACAAGCUUUUGGUGCAAACAGGACGCAGGGACAAGCCCAUCAACUUCAACCUGCUGACUCGUCAGAGGCUGGUGGAUGCAGAUGGGAUCAUUAACCCUGGGGCUUUUUACAUCUACCUAACUGCCUGGGUGAGCAACGAUCCAGUGGCUUACGCCGCCUCACAGGCCAACAUUCGCCCACACCCUCCUGAGUGGCUCCACGACCGUACGGACUCCAUGCCCGAGACACGCCUCAGCAUCCCGGCUGCUGAGCCCAUCGAAUACGCACAGUACCCCUUCUACCUCAACGGGCUCCGGGAGACACCGCAGUUUGUGGAGGCCAUCGAGAGCGUGCGGGCAAUCUGCGGCAACUACAGCCGACAAGGCCUACCCUCCUACCCCAACGGCUACCCUUUCCUCUUCUGGGAACAGUAUGUUAGUCUGCGCCACUGGCUCCUCCUGUCCAUCAGUGUCGUGCUCGCCUGCACCUUUCUGGUCUGUGCCCUCUUCCUGCUUAACCCUUGGACCGCCGGCAUCAUAGUGUUGGUGCUUUCUCUCAUGACUGUGGAGCUGUUUGGCUUCAUGGGGCUGAUGGGAAUCAAGCUGAGUGCUGUGCCUGUGGUCAUUCUCAUCGCCUCUGUGGGCAUUGGAGUGGAGUUCACCGUCCACGUGGCCCUGGCGUUCCUGACAGCUAUAGGGGAUCGUCACAAGCGGGCAGUGCUGGCGUUGGAGCACAUGUUUGCUCCAGUGCUCGACGGAGCCUUUUCCACCUUAUUAGGCGUCCUAAUGCUUGCUGGCUCUGAGUUCGACUUUAUCGUCAGGUAUUUCUUUGCAGUGUUGGCCAUCCUAACAGUUCUUGGAGUACUCAAUGGAUUGGUCCUUCUUCCAGUAUUACUGUCAUAUUUUGGGCCGUAUCCAGAGGUGACUCCAGUCGACGGUCGUAGCCGGUUACCCACCCCAGAGGCCCCUCCUCACGUGGUCCACUUCUCAGUCCGUCCUCACCAGACCACGGCGGCGACCACCACUUCUGGUGCCGUUUCAGACUCGUCAGACUCGGAGUACAGCUCAAACACCACAGUGUCCGGUAUCAGCCAGGAGCUGCAGAACUACAACCUGCCCUCACGCAGGGGACAAACUCGAGCAGAGGAGCAGCAGUAUCACCUCCAGACCAGCAGGGGCAGAGCAGCCAGGACAGAGGAGGAAAGGACAGCAGGAUCAGGGCAUAGGCGCUCAACCAGACAGCACGAUCCUCCAGCCUAUACUGUGUCUUCGUCCUCUCAGGGUUGUGAUUCUGGCCAGACCGGAAUUACUCAGCGUAACAGCAGCAGGGACCCCAAGAGCCAGCUGCACUGGCAGGCCCCGCCCCCAGCCCGCCCGCGCAUGGACGCUUUUGAAACUGCUACUGAGGCUGGGGGCCAUCAUGGCUCACACGGCCAUAGAGAACACUCAGCAGGCCAUAGAACCCGCUCUUCCCACAACCCACAGCCUAAUCACCGACUCCCGCAUCACCACCCCAACCCCACCCCGUAUUGCCAACCCAUCACCACGGUAACGGCGUCAGCCUCUGUCACUGUCGCUGUCCACCCAGCUCCCUUGUCCAAUCAGGGCCCCCCCGCUUCCUCUUACCCAGGAUACACUGCAAUGGACAGUUACUGCUCAUCAGGGGCGGAGGGGCCGGAGCCUGUCUUCCAGGACCCACAUGUGCCACUGGACACCCACAUAGGGGCCAGAGGAGUCAACGUGGAGUCCAUGGAGCUUCAAGAUUUGGAGUUUGAGGCAGCUGACAGCAACAGUGGCAGAAGGGCAAGCUGAGGUGGGUUUUCAACCACUUCAGUAAAUCCAUAUGUAAAACAACUGUCCUUUAACUGUCAAGUAAUGACAGUAUUUUCUCAAUUUUGUUUCCAGUUGUGCAGAACGGAAGUACAACGGCCAAAGAUGGACUCCUCUGUAUUACUAAGCAGCUGACCCAGCCAGCCCAGCAUAGAAUCGCCCAGCGCGGCUCGCCCCCGGCCCUAAGCAGCGAGUAACUCGCCACUGUUGCCGUCAUGGUGCUCAUUCUUACUGUAACCCAGUGGACUAUUGUCUUAGAUAUUUCUAUCUAUAUUUAAAAGAUGUAUACAUAUGUAAAUAUGAACAAAAAGUAGCUAUAAUUUUAGGAGCUGUACAACUCCUCAUGUUAACAGAGUGGGGCUGCCAUUUUAUAUGGUGUGUGUGCGUGUGUGUUUGUGUGUGUGGGUGUGUGUGUGUGUGUGUGUGUGCGUGUGCGUGUGCGUGUGUGCGUGUGUAAAUGUGCGUGUGAGUAUGAGAGAUAGAGAUAGAUCUCUGAUUACUGUUCACUCAUCUGUGGAUCUGUGCCAUUAGGAAGCUUCAUCUAGACAAAAAUACCUGUCAGCAUUCACUGUUGCUGCUCAAAAUAUUUUUUUAAAUAAUAUACAUUUAUAACUCUAUGCAAAUGUUUCUUUAAACAAAAGAAGUGAUCUGUCUACGUAUAUGUGUGUGUGCGUGUGUUUGCGUGUGUACGUGUGCAUGUGUGGUAGUUAUGUGUAGGGCUGUGUGAUGUGAAACAGCCCCAUUAUCCUCUGGCUUCUACAUCAGAUACAUCCUCAGAACAGACUAACAUUUACACUCAUUUAAAACAUGAGGGAAAUUGUUAGAAUUAUCAAACAGGGCUAUGGUAUAUAUGUGUGUGUGUGUUUAUGUGUGAGUGUUUAUUAUUGUAUAAAGGUACGCAUGUUAAACUAUUAAUUUUUUAUCACAAACCUGUGGUAGUUAUGAAACAAUUACUGUUUAACUUGACACGCUAUGCGUGCUAUUUAAGACGAGCAGAUAUGAAGAAAUUUUAAAAGCUGUUUUUUUUUUCUUGUUUUUUUUUGUUCUUUUAGUUAUUGCCUCUGCAUUGGAACCUGUUUCUGCUCUCAGCUUUGUAUCACUGUCUGUUAGGCUGCUCUCUGGUCAUAUUUUACUGUAAAAGGUUAUGUAUUGUUUAACCCUAGCAGGCUCAAAACAGGUUCUGUCUUCGAUACUGACAUACGAGCAGUAAACUCACCUCAGAAACUCACUCUACCAUUACAGGGACAUUCACAUUACUGAUUCUGGAACAGGGUCAAACACAGGGCACUUACUCUGUGUCCAGUGGAUAAGCUAAAACUCAAACUGUAUACUGUACGACCCGAUUCAACGUGGCACUUGACUGCAUUUAAACUUCAUUCACGGGAAAAUCUUGCCUCAAGUAGCUCUUUUAUUUCUGUCCAACCAAUAAGCUAGCCCAUGCAGCCUGCUAAGGGAUAAGCCCUAUAUGGCCUGACAUUGUGCUCUAUGCGUGUCUCAAUGUAUAUGUGUGUAUAAACAUUUAUGUGUGUGUGUUAGUCCAUCCUCUCACUCUGUCUCAGCUCUCCUUUAGUGACAGUAAAGACAACUGGCUCCAAUUUGGCCUCAGCCGUCCCCACUGACCUCAGCUAAUAAAAAUCCACAACAUAACGCCAUGACACUAAUUGGACGCGCGCCUGCAACUGCCAAAUGGCAAAGCCCAGAGCCCCGGGGUCAGAGUUUACACUGCCAGCCCCUCUCUCCACCAGCAAUGGCCACUUUAUAUCUGCAUGUGUGUCUAUGUCAGCAUGCAAACCUGUAACCCCCUCCGCCCCCACCCCACUCAGCUCCAGACCCAGGUCCCUUUGACCCCGUCACUCACCCCCUCCACACCUCACUCUGCCUCCACUUUUACACUCCCACUUCCUGUUGAACACGUGUAGCUCUUCCCAGAAGUCUUUGCAGUUCUCCAUCUUUCUGUCCACCAUGUUACGUCAGCUGCUUGCAUGAAAUAGGUUGUUCUGUUUGUUCGUUUUUUUGUUUUCUCCCAAUGUCACAUUGGCAGUAGCGGAGAGAAUCAUAGCUGGCAACUAUUUUAUUCGUUUUUAAAUGUUUUUUUUGUUUGUUUUCAACGUUCAAUUGCGAUAUUUAUAUUUUUGUAAUAUAAAAUAUGUUGUUUUUUCUUUCAUCAUUGUCGUGAUGCCAGUGGAUAACAAAUGCAGGGAUUUUUAUGUCUAUUGAAAAAAAAAACACUAUUACAGUUUAAUGUUUUUACAUUAAUGGAGUUUGAUCUGUAUAAAGUGCUUACUAAUGUUAAAUAGGAAAAAAAAAGAGUAUAUAACAUUUUACACUACAGGUCUCAUCAUAGCUCUUAGAGGAUUUUAAAAGGAAAAAAAAAAUCAGUGGUUCUUCCAGACUGCCAUUUUGGUCUCGGUUGGCGUGGAUGUAUGCUGUUUUCAGUUACAAAGAUAAAUGUAUGCCAUAUAAUUUAUUUAUAUGAAAAUUUAUUUUUGUAGUGUACAUAGUAGUUGUCAAGGUAUUUGACAGAAGUAUAUUUUUAAAGAGUUUAUAUGUAAUGAUAUACCAUAACAGAAAAAAAACCUUAAGGUGCACACUUUCACUGCUAACUGUCUUGUGAGACAACAUCGACACCUCCCCUUCAGUAUUAUGUUCCGAUCCUUGGAGAGAGACAGCUGUUUCUAUGGGUUUGUCAAAGGCUAGCCAUGAAAGUAGAAAAUUGUACUAGCUCUCUAAAUAUUAAUGUUCAAACACUGAUAGAAUUCUAACAAAUAAAAAUAUUAUAACUUAUUUGUCUCUUUGUUCAUAACUUUAAUAAAUGGAAACUUAAAAAAAUGCUUUGGUGUGACUGUGAGUUGAUUGUUUCCAAAGGGU